UUUUGAUUUUAAUAUGAGCAACUGUAGCAACUCUAUGAGUAAUUGUCCAAAUUCUGACUUUAUAUUCCGAAAGCCUUAUUCAUAUAGUUCACCUGUAACAGAAACGGAAGAUGUGGAUGAUCGUGAUGAUGAUAUGACCUUCUGCAUGUCUAAUUACGCCAAAGAAGUUUUAAAGAUGAUGUUUAUGAUGAGAUCUCACAAUAUGCUUACAGAUGUUGUAUUGGAGGUAAAACAAGAAUUAUUUCCAGCACAUAAAGUGGUUUUGUCGGCAGCAUCACCUUAUUUUAAAGCUAUGUUUACAGGAGGUUUAAAAGAAUCAGAAAUGUCACGUGUUCAACUACAAGGAGUCUGUCCCACCGCCAUGGGCAGGAUAAUUUAUUUUAUGUAUACAGGACAUAUACGAGUAACAGAAGUCACAGUCUGUCAGUUGCUACCUGCGGCAACAAUGUUUCAAGUGCCCAACGUUAUAAACGCAUGUUGUGCUUUCUUAGAAAGACAAUUGGAUCCAACCAAUGCUAUUGGUAUAGCCAGUUUCGCAGAACAGCAUGGGUGUUCAGACCUUCAGAAGAAAGCCAACUAUUUCAUAGAGAGACAUUUUACACAGGUUUGUCAAGAAGAAGAAUUUUUGCAAUUGUCCGCUUACCAAUUGAUAGCGCUAAUUCGACGCGAUGAGCUAAAUGUUCAAGAAGAGAGGGAAGUAUAUAAUGCCGUACUUAAAUGGGUUAAAUACGAUGAAGAAAACCGUUAUCCUAAAAUGGAACAUAUACUUUAUGCUGUUAGAUGUCAGUUUCUGACACCAAAUUUCCUUAAGGAACAAAUGAGAAAUUGCGAUGUGCUACGAAAAGUGCCCGCAUGUCGGGAAUAUUUAGCAAAGAUAUUUAAAGAUUUGACUUUACACAAAAGACCAGUUGUGAAGGAGCGAACACCAAAUACGACUCGAAUGAUUUUUGUAGCAGGAGGAUUUUUUCGACAAUCGUUAGAUAUUCUAGAAGCAUAUAAUGUUGAUGAUAAAACCUGGACAACGUUGCCAAACUUACGAAUUCCCCGAUCUGGCCUUGGUGCCGCUUUCUUGAAAGGCACUUUCUAUGCUGUCGGCGGGCGAAACAAUUCAAUUGGUUCUUCUUACGAUUCUGAUUGGGUGGACCGAUAUAAUACUUCAACGGAACAAUGGCGUCCAUGUGCUCCAAUGACAGUACCACGACACCGAGUAGGCGUGGCCGUAAUGGACGAAUUGAUGUAUGCUGUUGGUGGAUCCGCAGGUUCGGAAUAUCACAGCUCAGUUGAGUAUUAUGAUCCGGAUCAAGAUCGUUGGACACUGGUGCAACCCAUGCAUGAAAAACGUUUAGGAGUUGGAGUGGUUGUUGUAAAUCGCUUAUUGUAUGCUAUUGGAGGCUUCAACGGUACCGACCGCCUUACAACUGUAGAAUGCUAUCACCCUGAGAAUAACGAAUGGACCUUGGUGCAACCAAUGCACUAUGAACGAAGUGGUGCCGGUGUUGCUGCUAUAAACCAAUAUAUUUAUGUCGUUGGAGGAUUUGACGGAAUGCGCCAACUUGCUACUGUAGAACGGUAUGAUACCGAAAACCAAGUUUGGGAACUAGUAGCACCAGUGCGAAUUGCUCGAAGUGCUCUAUCACUUACUUCUUUAGAUGGAAAACUAUAUGCUAUUGGCGGAUUUGAUGGUACAAAUUUUCUGUCCAUUGUCGAAGUUUAUGAUCCUAAGACAAACACUUGGGAACAAGGUACUCCUCUAAAUUCUGGUCGUUCGGGCCAUGCUUCCGCCGUGAUAUACCAACCAUCUUGUGCUACAAAUUUUAUGGAUUGCAUAGAUAUUGGAACACCUAAGCGAGACGGCAGUGAUUCUAGUCACGAUCAAACACCGGGAAGUAGCAAUUCUAGUCAAACAGGACAUCCAUUUGAUAGUUCAACUAAUGGGGGUUCUUGUUUCCAUUUUCAUCCAUCUUUUGUUGGGAGUAACUGUAGAAAUUGUGAUUGUGAUUUAAAUUCAAGAGAGGAUAUUAAAAAUGACAAUUCUAAAGAAUAUAAAAGUAGAUUACUAACUUCGUUUGAAAAAUCGUUUUAUGUGUGUUUAAUAAAAAAACAAUUAAAUUCGAUAGCUUUCUUGGACUUUUCGGUGAUUAUUUCGGAAGAAAAUUAUAAAUACAGUGAACAUUAUUAUCUUUUCCUGGUUUUACUAAGAUAUUUGGAAAAAAUGAUUAGUGGGCAUGUGCUUUAUAGAUAUUUUCAUGAACUACGGGAAAGACAUUGUAAGAAACAUAUUCUAAUAUGAUGGACUAUAUUAUUUAAUAUUAU